CCUAAACGGUGUCGUACUAAUUGUACCCUCCUCAUCUCUCACUUCUUAGACUCGAGACUCUUGACAAUUCCACCCCGAGCGCACACUCAGAAAACGAAACUUGACAGCAGAAUCCCGUCACAAACCCUAAAAAAAUGUCGGGCGGCUUUUUCCGGGGCACGUCGGCUGAUCAGGAUACAAGGUUCUCGAACAAGCAAGCAAAACUGCUCAAAUCUCAGAAAUUCGCUCCUGAAUUGGAACACCCGGUGGACAUGGCUAAAGUGAAGAUGGAUGUUAUGAAACCGUGGAUUGCAAAGCGCGUGACUGAGCUUAUUGGAUUUGAAGAUGAAGUUCUUAUUAAUUUCAUUUAUGGUCUACUUGAGGGAAAGGAAGUUAAUGGGAAGGCAGUUCAAAUUCAACUUACUGGUUUCAUGGAGAGAAACACUGGGAAGUUUAUGAAAGAGCUUUGGUCACUACUUCUGAGUGCACAGAAAAAUGUGAGUGGUGUUCCACAGCAGUUCCUGGAUGCUAAAGAGGAGGAAACUAAGAAUAAGAAGGCAGAGACUGAUCGUAUCGCAAAUGAAAUUCAAAGGAAGAAAGAGAAGGAAAAGCAGGAUCUUGAGCAAGAGAUAGAUAAAAGGGAUGGUGAUGGUGACAUCUCAAGAUACAAGAAUGCUGGCUCAGACCUAAAUUCAAAGAACGAUUCGAGGUCUUCCAGCCCCCGGUCGGCAGAUGGGAAAGAGCAUCGUGAGAGAAAUGGCCUGAGAGGACGAAGCAGGGUUCCACAAUCUCCUGAUUCAGCUGACCGUUCCCCAUCUCCAAGUGAAAGACGGAGGUCAAGAAGUAUAUCUGGAUCACCUCCACCGAGAGGACGGUCCAUUUCCUCUGAGAGGCCACGUCGAUCUUCACCAAGACUGUCUGGGACACCGAGGAGGAGGCAUUCGCCUCGUCUCUCCCCUCCACCAAGGUAUAGGUCAACCCGCACUAGGAGAAGAUCUAUAUCGCAUUCAAGGCACAGGUCUCCUUCUCCCACACGAUAUAGGGUUCGUUCCCCUCUGCGUCGCAGGUCACGAUCUCCUUUGCGACGUAGAUCAAGAUCUCCCGUGUGGCGUAGGUCAAGGACACCAAUACGAAGAUCACCAGUGCAAUACAGGUCCCGUUCACCUGUGCGACGCAGAUCACCACCUGUGCGACGCAGAUCACCACCUGUGAGACGUAGAUCACCGUCUCCUAUCCCACGACGAUCACUGUCUCCUAUGCGACGACGAUCACCUUCCCCCCCUCGUCGUAGGUUGCCAUCCUUUCGUCGUAAGUCACCAUCCCCUCAUCGUAGGUCACCAUCUCCUGUAAGAAGGCAGCACCGACGAUCACCUUCAACUCCACGGCGCCAGUCUAUAUCCCCAGUUCGGCACAGGUUACCAGUGCCCAGUCGAAGAAGAUCUAUAACACCUGCCAAACGAAGGUCUCCUUCAGUGCAAGAAUCUAUUUCCCCCUCUCCCAGUUCCCUUUCACCAGUCAGGAGGCGAUCACUGAAAAGCCAGAAAUCACCUCUACGAUCUCCCAGAGAAGCAAUCAGGCCUCUUGUUUCUUUGAGAUCACCACAAAGGGACAUGCUGGAUCGAAAUGACCAACGUGGAAGAGUGCUGGAUCCGUCUCCUCUGCACAAGUCUCCAUCUGCUUCCGAAGUGUCUGGGGAAGGAAAUCAUAUUGAACGGCAGAGGUCUAGUAGUCCUCAUCGUAGUCCUUAUCAAAGAAGGGAAAGGAUCAUUCUUCCUGAGAGUCCAAACCCUUUACCGAAAGGAAUGGGAUCUAAACCUCAUCCUGAUAGUUCUGGGACAAGUGCUGAUGACAGAGAGAUUGGAAAGCUUAAACAUAGAUCUUUAGAGAAAAAUUCUCCAUCACAUGAUCGGCAUAAAGAUUCUUUUGGCUUUGCUGAUCAUGUGAAGUCAAGAAAUCCUCGUCAACUGCCAGACAGUGAAAAGUUAGCUGAAAGGGUGGAUCACAUAAUAAAUCCCGAGAAACAAGAAUCAUUAGUGAUUCGUAAAAGCGCUAUAUUAAGAGAGGAAGGAAAGGGAUCAUAUGUUGACAAUGAUUACAGAGCUGUUGAUAAGAAUACAUCUGUGUAUGAUGAUACCAAGGGCAGUGGUCGACAUUCAGAACUUGAAGUCUUGCCUAAUUUGUCUGGGGCAGACAAGCUGAAUGCUCGAAGUCGUUCAGUGGGAUUCAACUCUGAGGAAACUGACAGGCAUAAAACUAAAAUUAAAGAAAAGGGAAAGCACAAGAGGUCAGAGAGACAAGAGGUGGAAUCAGAUGACUAUUCUAGCUAUGAUUCUUAUGAGAAGAGGAAGGAGGCUAAGAGGAGGAAAAAAGAGGAGAAGAAAUUGAAAAAGGAGGAGAGGCAUCGACGGCGGGAGGAACGGCGCCGCAGAAAAAAGGAAAAGCAUGCAGAGAAGCUAAAAUUGAAGUCGCUUGACGCUGGUAGUCCAUCUUUAGAUAUUGAGAUUGAUCAUGAUCGUCAUGCUUCUUAUGAUGACGGUUAUAGAAGGCGGGAAACGCAUACUAGUGACAUGGAGGAAACAGAAUCUGAGCAGAAAAAGCUUGAGAUAGAGUUGAGGGAAAAGGCUCUUGAGUCGCUUCGAGCAAAGAAGGGCGCUCAGAAUUAAAUUUUUUUGCUGCUCUAGAAUAUUUCACUUUUAUUUUCUGUUAUAUGAUCCUGUUAUGAGUUCCUGUUUCUGUCCUAGACCUAUUCUGUUUCGGAUGAAUGUAUUCUUGGUGGCUAUUUAAUGUAAUGUGUCUUUACUGCUGGCAGCUGAAUGGAUAAAUGAGGAUUUCCUGAGCUAGUGUCUUGAGUGCAACUUUAUGCUGACUUUCCUGCUAAAUUUGCUGAUGAGAAUAAUUGUCAACUUGACGACUUCGUUGAGCAGAUCUUGUGCAACUCCAUAUUUUAGACCUCCAUACAGCCUGAGAGUUAUUCCCAAGAAUUUGAUUUUCUAUUCUACAUGAUACCUUUAAGUUCCUGUUCAUCCUGUUUCCAUGUUGAUUGCAGCUGGUAAUCAAUACUGGUGCAUAACUGUGGUGCGAUUUUGUAUGUGAACACUUAUGGUUUAAUUGUUCAACAAGGUCAUUAACUGUUCGAUUUUC